UGUAAAAUAAAUUGGCGGGCGAGGCGAACCCUCCCACCCCCAUACCCAUUUUCCACUUCCCCUACCAAACCCAAAACUCAACUUUACUUUCCCAAACUAUCCCCGCGCUUCCUCUCCAUCUACUACUCCUUGCCGCUACCGCCGCUACCACCGCUACCCAUGGAUCAGGACAACCAGAGGGGCCAGCCCUCCGCUUCCACACGAAGCUUGAAGCGGAAGCUGGAGCCUGAAUUCGAACACCCAAACGAGGAGAGUGGGGAGCGCAAGGUUCUCGUUCUUGAGCAGCCCCGCCACUGCUUGGCUCCCCAGGACCACAACCUUGUCCCAGAGAUACUUGCCCACGUGAAUCUCCUCCAUUCUACUUUCUCUUCCGCCGAAGCCGAUCGCUCCGCCGCCAGGCGUGCCACUGUUUUCCUCUCCCAACUCGCGGAAAACGAGGACAUGGUAAACGUGAUAGUGGACUGUGGAGCUGUUCCAGCUUUGGUAAAGCAUCUCCAGGCACCGGCGGUGGUAAAAGGCUGCAGCAGUCCGAGGCCUUAUGAGCAUGAGGUGGAGAAAGGAAGCGCUUAUGCACUUGGACUUCUCGCUGUCAAACCAGAACAUCAACAACUCAUAGUUGAUGCUGGAGCUCUACCACAUCUUGUGGAUUUGUUAAAGAGGCACAAGAAUGGUUGUAACUCCCAAGCAGUCAAUGGUGUUAUUAGGAGAGCUGCUGAUUUAAUAACUAACCUAGCUCAUGAAAAUAGCUGCAUUAAAACCCGUGUCAGGAUUGAAGGUGGUAUCCCUCCUCUUGUUCAACUGCUUGAGUAUGCUGGUACAAAGGUACAAAGAGCAGCUGCAGGGGCCCUGCGAACCCUUGCAUUCAAAAAUGAUGAAAACAAAACUCAGAUUGUAGCAUGCAACGCUCUACCAACCCUUGUACUGAUGCUUUGGUCUGAGGAUGCCACUAUACAUUAUGAAUCGGUUGGUGUGAUAGGUAACCUGGUCCAUUCAUCCCCAAAAGUUAAAAAAGAAGUUCUCCUAGCUGGAGCUUUACAACCUGUUAUCAGAUUGCUUAGUUCGUGCUGUCCGGAGAGCCAAAGAGAAGCAGCUCUGUUGCUUGGUCAAUUUGCUGGAGCUGAUUCUGAUUGCAAGGUACACAUUGUUCAGAGGGGUGCUGUCCGGCCAUUAAUUGAGAUGCUUCAGUCACCAGAUACACAGCUUAGUGAGAUGUCAGCUUUUGCACUUGGGAGGUUGGCACAGGAUACACACAACCAAGCUGGCAUUGCUCAAGGUGGAGGAAUAAUGCCUCUACUCAAGCUUCUUGAUUCAAAAAAUGGGUCUUUGCAACAUAAUGCCGCUUUUGCUUUAUAUGGUCUUGCAGAUAAUGAGGACAAUGUUGCAGAUAUUAUCAAAGUUGGUGGUGUUCAGAAACUUCAAGAUGGAGAAUUCACAGUUCAACCAACUAAAGAUUGUGUGGCAAAGACAUUGAAAAGAUUAGAGGACAAGAUUCAUGGGCGAGUACUAAAUCACCUGCUAUAUCUGAUGCGGGUUUCAGAGAAAGCUGUUCAAACAAAGGUUGCCUUGGCUUUUGCUCAUCUUUGUGCCCCUGGCGAUCAAAACACUAUUUUUAUCCAUAGCAGUGGUUUAGACUUAUUGAUUGGGCUUCUAGAAUCUACAAGUCUGAAGCAGCAACGUGAUGGUUCGGUAGCCUUGCACAAGUUGGCUACCAAAGCUAUUUCACUCUCUCCUUUGGAUUCUGCUCCUCCAUCACCAAACCCACAGGUGUAUUUGGGUGAGCAAUAUGUAAACAAUCCUACACUUUCUGAUGUCACAUUCUUAGUUGAAGGUAAACGGUUCUAUGCUCACAGAAUUUGUCUUCUUGCUUCUUCGGAUGCAUUCCGUGCAAUGUUUGAUGGUGGCUAUAGGGAGAGGGAUGCUAAAGAUGUAGAAAUUCCAAAUAUUAAAUGGAAAGUUUUUGAGCUGAUGAUGAGAUUCAUAUACACAGGAUCAUUAGAAGUUGAUCUGGAUGUUGCCCAGGAUCUCCUUAGAGCUGCUGACCAGUAUCUUUUGGAUGGUCUUAAGCGUCUCUGCGAGUAUGCCAUUGCUCAGGAUAUUUGUGUGGAAAAUGUUUCUCUCAUGUAUGAGCUAUCAGAGGCCUUUAAUGCUAUGUCAUUGAGGCAAGCAUGCAUACUGUUUAUUUUGGAGCAGUUUGACAAAUUGAGUGCCAAGCCAUGGUACUCCCACCUAAUGAAGUGCAUUAUACCAGAGAUACGCAAUUUCUUCAUUAAUACUCUUUCUAAGCGUAUCCAAGCUGAUUUGCGGCAAACUUAGACAGUUAAGCUUGAAUUUUGAUCUUUGGCUAACUGUUAAGAUGGAAGAUAAAGCAUGUACAGAAAGUUGUAGGUCAUUCAACCUAGUCAUUGAGCAAUCAGGACUGGAUUUUUCAUUGCCUAUUCACCUUUUUGGGGGAGAUCACGUUUCGCUUGUAAACUAUCUAGUUUUCAGUUAGCUUCCUAAAUUAUAAAAAAUUUCAAUUUACACCAAAACCUAGCAAUAGUUUUCACACCUCAUUCAAGUCUGAUAAUUAGAUUAUGUCACUUGAUAAAUCUCUUUUCCCUCUUAGUAGUUAGGGCGCAAAUUGAAAAAUAUAGGUAGUUUUGGGUGUAAAUUUAAAAGUUUUACAACUUAGGGGGUAAAGUAAGAGAUAUGUGGCAGUUUGCGAGUGAACAGUGCAGCUAUUUUUUGGCUAGUCACUCCCAUUGAAGCAGUCACACUUGUGUGCCUCAUUGUUAGUGAUACACACAGAAUGCCGAUAGCAUCGUUGUGAAAUUGUAAGCAUUGGCUUUGGCUGUUCUUUUUGGCUUCGGAGUUUUUACCAAGUCGCGGUACCACCGAGUUGGUUUCACAAGUACCAUCGUAGAAGCAAGCAUGUUAUUCACAAAUGACCAAGCCCGCGGAGGAUUCCUACAAAGAUAAAAUGGUCAAUAUUGGAAGCUGUCGGACCCGAAAGGCUAAAGGACGCACGCUUCCAUGAUUCGGUCGCAGGUAUUCUAUAUCCAGUAGAGGGAGUGCCAGAGAGAAAAGACGUUUAUCUUGCGUACCUAAUUUCUUGCUGUCUUUAUUUUUGGUUCUGCUUGUCACGUGAUAGGUGCGUGGCCAUCAUCGAUUAUAUUAUUAUUAUUAUUAUCCAGCAAAUGGGCUUAUAAUCGUUAAUUCUCGGUCAUUUAAUUCCCUAUAAUUGUGGCAUGAAGAUCACCAAGACUGGAGUCACACCAUCUCUAGGACUUUGAUGUACACCUUAGCAUUAUUAAUUUCUUGACAUGGCAUCUUUAUUAGUCUCAUUUGCAAAUUCAAAUAUAUUUCUUUUGGUAUCAA